AGGAACGAUACAAGAUGGCGGCGACCCUAAGCCUGGGAAUCUGGAUUUUUCUUCUAUCUAUAUGCCAGCAUGUCGCCGAGGCUGGUUAUUACUGCUACUAUUCAUACUACUACUACUCCUAUAGAUGUAGUUAUUACUCCUAUUACGUUGGAAGCGACGCUGGGUCCAUCGCUGGAAUCAUCAUUGGAAUGAUAGUAGUCACAGCCGUCAUUGUUGUCGUCUGCAUCAUCAUAAAAAAGAAACAGGCUGCAAGAACGGGAAGGGUGAUGAACAACAUCCCUGUAACUACAGUCACCACCGUGCAUCAGGCACCACCGCCACCAGCUGGAUACGGAUACGGUGGUCCCGGAAUGUCGCAGCCACCCAACCCUAAUGCUGGGUACCCACCUCCCCCAAAUACUUAUCCACCCCCUCCAGGCCCCGGGGCUGGCUACCCGCCUCCGGCGUACCCUCCACCUAAAUACUAGACCAA